CUCAGAAGAUGAGGUGGAUGUGCUCUUACAUGGCACUCCUGACCAGAAGCGCAAGCUGAUACGGGAGUGCCUGACUGGAGAGAGCGAGUCUUCCAGUGACGAUGAGUUCCAAAAAGAGAUGGAGGCAGAACUGAACACCACCAUGAGGACUAUAGAAGACAAAUGGAAAUCACCAGAAAUGGGUACUUUCUCAAGUACUGGACAGACUGGACCUGCCACUGCUUCAAAAUACUAUGAUGAUAUUUACUUUGAUUCUGAUUCAGAAGAUGAAGAUAAACUAGUUCCACAGGACAUCCGGAGAAACCGAAAACAUCAGCAACGUCGGGUUCUUUCCAAUGAUGAACUGCUAUAUGACCCAGAAGAAGAUAGUCGAGACCAAGAGUGGGUAGACUUACAGAGGAGGGGGUACCAUAAUCAAAGAAGGGCACUGCAGCAGACAAAGCUUUCAGCUGUUCCAAACAGUGAUGCUGUCUUGAACUGCCCUGGUUGCAUGACAACAUUAUGUCUGGACUGUCAGAGACAUGAAUCUUACAAAACACAAUAUAGAGCAAUGUUUGUGAUGAACUGCAUUGUUAACAAAGAGGAAAUUCUGAAAUACAGAAAGAAGCUGAAGAAAAGAAGUAAGAAAAUGAAGCACAGCAAAGAAACUACCUCUAUACAAUCAAAUGAAGAAGAGGAGGAAGUGUAUCAUCCAGUAUUAUGUACUGAGUGCUCAACUGAAGUGGCAGUGAUGGAUAAAGAUGAAGUUUUUCACUUCUUCAAUGUUUUAGCCAGCCACUGCUAAUGUGUAAAGGCCGGGGAGAAAAAAUCCUGCACUGUUUAAGACUGUGUGAAGUAUCAGAAAUGCAGGCAUGUUAGGUUUUUUUUUUAAAUGUGGUCUUUUAAAUGUACAUUUUCAUCAGAGAAUUUUCUAGUGGUUGGAUUUAUGCAAAGUUUACGAAAUAAAUACAGUUAACUGCAUGCAUUUGAGAGCAACAUUCUUUCACAUUGUCAGGUAGUUGCAUCAUUGAGAAUUUAAAAUUUUGUAAAUAUAAUGCAAGAUCUAUGUAUUGUAAUCAUUCUCUACAUAUACUAUCCUUUAUUUCAAAAUGUACUAGAACUGCUGCUUAGAAUACAUACU